UUUUAUUUAUUUUAUUUUAUUAUUAGAUUCAAAUAUGCCGACCGCAAGAAACGCCAGCCCACCUGGCAUCCGCCAAAACCAAGGACAAAUAAUAGCUGCUGAAAACAACAGUGCUGCUGUUAUUCGAGAAACGCCGCUACCAUGGGGAAAGCUGUCUGUGCUUCUGGCUGUCCGUCUAUCUGACCCUAUCAACUUUUCGCUGGUGCUGCCAUUCAUCUACAAGAUGGUUUCCGAGUUUGAUGUGGUCAAGAGUCCAAAGGACGUUGCAUUUUACUCCGGACUAAUAAUGGCAUCACUCUCAAUUUCCCAGACUAUGACGGUCAUGUACUGGGGUCGUCUUUCUGACCGUAUUGGCCGCCGACCAGUCAUUCUCAUCGGAUUGGUUGGCAACACUGCAACCACGAUUCUGUUUGGAAUGUCGAGGUCUUUCACUUGGGCCUUGAUAACCCGCUCUAUGAAUGGCAUGUUUAUUGGUACAUCUUCCGUGGUAAAGUCUGUUGUUGUUGAAAUAUCCGAUGACACCAAUCGCCCACGAAUGAUGGCCAUGCUCCCGCUUGCUUGGAAUCUCGGCGCAGUGGUUGGUGCAUCUAUUGGUGGUAUAUUUGCUGAUCCUGUGCACCAAUAUCCUGGAUUGUUUGGAAGCAGCAAGGUUUUUGCUACAUUCCCUUAUUUGCUGCCCAGUUUGAUUGGCUCAAUAGUUGCAGUGUUUGGAUUUAUCAUGGGCAUCUACCAGCUUGAUGAGACUCUGGUCAAGGAAACCUGCGUGGUGACGGCUCCACUAGUACCACGGUUGUCGACAAAUGCCGCCAAUGAGUUGACCCCAUUGGUUGGCCGCGAUGUUGAGAGCACCGUUGUAGAAGUUGAGCAGCGGUCGAUUCGCGACCUGCUCACACCGACAGUUAUCCGCGUCAUGACCACCAAUGCUCUGAUGUGUAUGUCUGUAUCAAUGUCAGACCAGCUGUAUCCUAUAUUUGCCGCUACCAAGCCCAGUGAUGGUGGCCUCGGAUUUGAAUUUCGCAAGAUUGGUUACUCGUUGGCUAUCUCCGGAAUUGCAGUUCUGUACGUGCAGCUCAUUGCUUAUCCAAAGCUGGCUCUCAAGCAUGGCGUGCUUUUUUGCUACCAGGCAGGUAUGAAAAUACUGAUUCCUGUUUUUAUUGCCAUUCCGUUUCUUUCUCUGCUUGCAGAUAAAGUCAAAUCGGCCAUAGAUGUUGCUAUACCCGACGCAUCACCGCUUCUCUCGCUUCCCGCCAUUUCAACACCCUGGGGCGCACUAUCUUUAGACUAUUGUCUGCUUUGGGCGCUGCUCACCUUUUUGCUUUUGGCGCGCAUUGCCGGUGACGUUUUGGCAUUUACCAGUAUUAACUUGAUUACAGCCAAUGUUGCGCCUUCAAGGGCGGAUCUGGGCUUUAUGAAUGGCGCGCAGCAGAUGGCCAUGUCGUUUACAAGGAUUUUAGGUCCGCUAGUUUCUGGAACCGCAUGGAGCUGGUCAAUUAAGCACUCGCUACCAUUCCCGUUUAACUCGCAUUUUGCCUGGAUGCUGUGCGCGCUAUUAAUGGCUGUUGCCUCGUACAUGUCGCACACCCUUCCAAACUCUGUCAACAAAUUUGCAGCUGAUAACCGCACUAGAGCUGGUAACAACGAAAUUAGCAACAGCAAUGCAGAGUGACUUUUUUUUUAAAAAAUAACGUUUCAUAAUUCAAUGAUCUUGGUACAAUAUUUAAAGGACAUGGUUAUAAUGGCACCAUGUAUUUGUAUAGAUUUUAAACAGCUGCACUAUUGUGAGGGGCUGCCGAACAAUCCAGAAGCAUUCCCAAAAAUUAAGCAGGAGCGACUCCGGAUCUUUUGGAUUUCCUGAAUUUUUAAAGGCCUUGUUUGAGAUUCCAGAAUAUUGAAAAGUUGAAACUAAAAUAAAUAAUAAAUGCUUGUUUGUUUGUUUCAGCUACAGGCUACACGUGUCUGUUAAGAACACAAAAUUAUUCGGGU